UAUGACCAUCUCGAAGCCGAAAGCGAACACUUGAAGCAGAAGAAGAGAAGAAGAAGAAGAAAAGGGAAGGCGGGAUAAAUCGGAGUUGCUGAACAUGCCGGACUACGGGGAGAGAUACGAAGACAACGGCGACGGGUACGGUUUUGGGUAUGGCGCUGCGUCCCCUCCCGCGAAGGGGAGCGGUUUCGACGACUUAAACGAUUCCAGAUCUCAGUAUGAAUUUCGUGAACAAGUGAGAGGGUCUUCAAAUAGCAAAGACAAGGAUAGGGAAAGAGAUAGGGAUCGUGAUCGUGAUCGAGUCAGGGAUCGGGAUCGUCAUCACAAACAACACAAGGAUAGAAGUGAGAGAAGGGAGCAUGGCCGAGAUAGAUCUGAUGGUCAUGAUCGUUUCCAUAGCCAAGACUCUGAUAGGCACAAAGAUUAUGAUAGAGAUAGAGAGGGACGCCGUAGUCAUCAGUCGCGAUCUCGGUCCAAGGGUCAUUCUAGUAGGAGAUCAAAAUCUCGUUCUCGUUCUCGUUCAAGAUCCAAGAGCAAACGUGUUAGUGGCUUUGACAUGGCCCCACCAGCUGCUGCUCUGAUACCUGGUGCGCCUACUGCAGUUGUCUAGAAGGCAAUGUUGGUCCACUAGUCCCUCUAAGCUGCUGAGGUGUGAGCAGAUUCUGUAGCUUUUGUGUUCAAGGAGGAAACAAUGCACUGGUUUGAUGGAUCUUGUUCAUCUUCAGCUGGCAAUUAUCUAUUUUUGCUAGUUAUUAUCUCCAAUACCUGAAAAUGAUAAAAUUUAUUUGCUUUUUUUUGUGAUGAUUCUGUUACAGAAUUCAGAUGAAAUCUUGUACGUGCGAGGACAUAAAAGAAUGAUGCUGCAUAUAUAUUCUCUUGUACUUAUUUUUAGUACCCACAUUACAUGUAGCAACUCAGUUUCUCUAUACAGGUCAGCUCAGUGGAGCCACUCCUACCAUUCCUGGGAUGUUCCCUAACAUGUUUGCUUUGGCAGCUGGACAGAUUCCUGCAAUCCCUAUAAUGCCAAUGCAAGCCAUGACUCAACAGGCUACUCGACAUGCUCGUCGUGUAUAUGUUGGUGGUCUUUCACCAACUGCUAAUGAGCAGACAGUUGCAACGUUUUUUAGUCAGGUGAUGUUUGCUAUUGGAGGGAAUACAGCUGGUCCAGGUGAUGCCGUUGUUAAUGUUUACAUAAACCAUGAGAAGAAAUUUGCAUUUGUAGAAAUGAGAACAGUUGAAGAAGCAAGCAAUGCAAUGGCAUUGGAUGGCAUUAUUUUUGAGGGUGCUCCAGUGAAGGUUAGAAGGCCGAGUGAUUAUAACCCUUCCCUUGCAGCUGCACUUGGUCCCAGCCAACCUAAUCCCAAUCUUAACCUCGCGGCAGUAGGACUGUCACCUGGUUCUGCUGCUGGCCUCGAAGGACCUGAUCGGGUUUUUGUGGGUGGUCUUCCGUACUAUUUCACUGAAGUGCAAGUUAGAGAGUUACUUGAAUCCUUUGGGCCUCUUCGAGGUUUUGAUCUUGUCAAGGAUAGGGAAACUGGCAAUUCAAAAGGAUAUGCAUUUUGUGUCUACCAAGACCUCUCUGUCACUGAUAUUGCUUGUGCGGCUCUUAAUGGUAUCAAGAUGGGUGAUAAAACUCUUACAGUAAGGCGUGCAAACCAAGGCACUACACAGCCAAGGCCAGAACAUGAAAACAUACUAUUACAAGCCCAACAACAGGUUGCACUACAGAAACUUGUGUACCAGGCUGGAUCGCUUCCUACAAAGGUGGUAUGCUUAACUCAGGUGGUUACUCCAGAUGAACUGAGAGAUGAUGAGGAAUAUGAAGACAUAUUGGAAGAUAUGAGGGGAGAAGGUGGAAAAUAUGAUAAGUUGGUCAGUAUUGUAAUUCCACGUCCUGGACCGAACGGAGAGCCAGCCCCUGGUGUUGGAAAGGUAUUUAUGGAGUUCGACGAUAUUGACGGUUCUACCAAAGCCAGGCUAGGACUAAAUGGAAGAAAGUUUGGAGGGAACGAAGUUGUGGCAGUCUUUUAUUCCGAGAGCAAGUUUGCCCAAGGCGACUAUGAUGGCUAAUUGUUUAAAAUCCGUUACCACGAACUAUUUUUCUCCCUAGUAACAUUGUGUAAUAUACAGUAGUAUUUAUGAAGCAACUCAAUCCGGAUAUGAAUCAGUUUAGGGUUCCUUGUGUCAACCAAUCUUCCCGAUAUGAAUCAGUUUAGGGUUCCUUGUGCGAACCAUUUAAAAACAGGAAUUGAGUAGGCAUGUAUCAAAAUUUCAAAAGGCUUAGUGAAACUUUAAUAAAUAGAUGUAUGUUAAUGCAAUUAUGGAUUGCAUAAAAUGAUUUACUUUUAGAUUAGUGAGCUUGAUAUCGUCUCUCGUUA